UCCAAUCCAAAGAAACCAAGAACACCACCUCCUUCUUCUUCUUCUCCUUCACUCCCAUUCUCACUCCCACCAUUCCAUCAAUGGAUCCCAUCCUCUUCUCCCCUUCCUCAUCCUCUCCUCUCCUCCUCCCUCACCAUUCCCUCCUCUCUAAGCCCCCUCCUCCUCCUCCGAGAAUCCCAUCCCUUUCCAAUCCGAUCUUUGCAUCCCUUUCCAAGCACAACCAUGUCUUGUCUUCUCAAAAGAGCUGGAUUUCUCACCUCCACCAUGGAUUGGCCGCUCUCGCUCUCUCCAUGGCUGUCAAUUUCUCACCUUUCUCAAUUGUUGCUCCUGCCUCUGCUUCCGAGUUUGAUGUCCUCUAUGAGCGGCCGCCUUCUGAUUCCUAUCUCGUUGAUGAUGCCAAUGUCCUGAGCCGUGUGACGAAGUCCGAUCUGAAGCAGUUGUUGUCUGAUUUGGAGUCCAGGAAGAACCUCCACAUCAAUUUCAUCACUGUUCGCAAGCUCACUAGCAAGGCAGAUGCUUUUGAGUAUGCCGACCAAGUGUUGGAGAAGUGGUAUCCCACAAUUGAAGAAGGAAACAACAAGGGUAUUGUCGUGCUUGUUACUAGUCAGAAGGAAGGAGCAAUCACUGGUGGACCUGCAUUCAUUCAAGCUGUUGGAGAAACUGUUCUAGAUAAUACUGUAUCAGAGAACCUUCCAGUGUUGGCUACUGAGGAGAAAUACAAUGAAGCUGUGUAUAGCACUGCCAAGCGUCUUGUUGCCGCCAUUGAUGGACUACCAGAUCCCGGCGGGCCAAAGUUUAAUGAGAACAAGCGGGAAUCAAACUUUAAAACGAGAGAAGAGACCGAAGAGAAGCGCGGGCAGUUCAGCCUUGUGGUUGGGGGAUUGCUUGUGAUUGCCUUUGUGGUUCCUAUGGCUCAAUAUUAUGCAUAUGUGUCGAAAAAGUAGAUGUUCUUUGCACAUGUCAUGCAUUUUCUUGUGCAGAGAGGAAAUUGGUCCAGAAAUUAGGACCUCUUUGUAAGGGAUUCUAGUUUUUACUGAAGUAUUGAGAUGUGUACAAAUGAGUUUUAAUUCCACGUUGUUGUGAUGUUAAGCAUUCAUUGCAUGUACAAAAUUGAGGGUAUUAUUUUGAUGGAGGUUCUUGAGUAUGGAUUACAAACUUUGCUGUGAUUA